AGGAGUUAAAAAAAUUGAUGAAGCCCUGACCCUUUUGAUUCCAUUUAUAGUCUGAGCCGGAAUGCCAUCCCCCUGGACUAGGGAACUGUCCAAUCCAGCCCCAAGUGUUAAGAUUCUGUUAGGCACUAAGUGAAAUAUAUAUGCAUGCCCUUAUACCGUUUAACACUCUGGGUCCACCUGCAAGACACUGGGCUGUGGAUCAACCGAACCACCACUCCUCUUCCAAGAAUCACUUUGACAGGUUCUUUUGGAGGUGCUCCUUCUCUCUCAUUUUUUUUUAACCCAUCCUUUUAAACAAAAUGGCACCAAAGAAGGAUGUAAAGAAACCUGCUGCUGCUGCUGCCCCCGCCCCGGCCCCUGCCCCAGCACCUGCACCUGCCCCACCCAAAGAAGAAAAGAUUGACCUCUCUGCCAUCAAGAUCGAGUUCUCUAAGCAACAGCAGGAUGAAUUCAAGGAGGCGUUUCUCCUGUACGACAGAACAGGUGAUUGCAAGAUCACCUUAAGCCAAGUUGGUGAUGUCCUUCGGGCUCUGGGCACAAAUCCCACCAAUGCAGAGGUCAAGAAGGUUCUGGGAAACCCCAGCAAUGAAGAGAUGAAUGCCAAGAAAAUUGAGUUUGAACAAUUUCUGCCCAUGUUGCAAGCUAUUUCCAACAACAAGGACCAGGGCACUUAUGAAGACUUUGUUGAGGGUCUGCGUGUCUUCGACAAGGAAGGCAAUGGCACUGUCAUGGGUGCUGAACUUCGUCAUGUUCUAGCCACACUAGGUGAAAAGAUGAAAGAAGAAGAAGUGGAAGCCCUGAUGGCAGGUCAGGAAGACUCCAACGGCUGCAUCAACUACGAAGCUUUUGUCAAGCACAUCAUGUCUAACUAAAUGGAGCUCUCAAGAUCAAGCAUUGUUUAUGAAGACUGGCUGAACCUUAUUUUAAGAACACCCAUGACUAACUGUCCAAAUCUGUUUACCAUCAUUUAGAAAAACAAAACAAUUUGUACUAUUCUAAACUGAAGGACUCCCUGAAUUUUUAUACCUUUUAUGUUUCUCUCUGAAUUAUAUUCAUACCACACAGAGUAAGUGUCUGCUGAUCUAGACAAGAAUGGUGAAAUACUGACAAUCUCAGAUCCAAGCCCUCCUCUAUAUUUUCUACCAUGGGCCAAAGAACAUCCUUAAAAUAAUAAAUCAAUAAAUAAUUUUGGUCAGUCUGGAAUGUU